AUGCAAACUCUGUCUCUGUUUCUCAAUUUCUUGAUCAUCGUUUUGGAAGUAAGAUUCAGUGAUGCAUUUACUAGAAACGAUUUUCCAGAUGAUUUCCUCUUUGGAGCUGCCUCUUCUGCUUAUCAGGAAGAUGUUAAGAUGAUGGCAGAAAUGGGCUUAGAAGCAUUCAGAUUCUCUAUCUCAUGGACAAGACUAAUACCUAAUGGAAGAGGACCCAUUAAUCCAAAAGGUUUAUGGUUUUACAAGAAUUUCAUUAAAGAACUACGAAACCAUGGAAUUGAACCACACGUUACACUUUACCAUUAUGAUCUUCCUCAGAAUCUUGAAGAUGAGUACGGAGGAUGGCUCAACCGAAAAGUCAUAGAAGACUUCACUGCUUUUGCAGAUGUAUGUUUCAGAGAGUUUGGGGAUGAUGUGAAGUUAUGGACUACUAUCAAUGAAGCUACGAUAUUCGCCAUUGCUUCUUAUAGCGAUGGAUUUGCGCCGCCUGGACACUGUUCUUCUUCCAAAUUCAUCAAUUGCUCUACUGGAAACUCUUCUACUGAACCAUAUAUUGCUGGUCAUAACAUGUUACUAGCUCAUGCCUCUGCUUCAAAAUUGUAUAAACUAAAGUACAAGAGUAAGCAGAGAGGAUCCAUAGGCCUUAGCAUAUACGCAUUCGGGUUAUCUCCUUAUACCAAUUCGAAAGACGAUGAAAUCGCAACGCAAAGAGCUAAAGAUUUCCUCUUUGGCUGGAUGUUGAAGCCUUUGGUAUUUGGAGACUAUCCUGAUGUAAUGAAGAGAACCUUGGGACCGAGGUUACCGGUUUUCUCAGAGGAAGAGUCAGAGCUAGUUAAAGGAUCAUCAGAAUUUAUAGGAAUUAUCCACUACUUGACAAAUUAUGUGACAAACCGUUCAUCCAAACCUUCUCUUCUUUCCACCAGCAAGGGCUUCUAUACCGACAUGGGCGUAGAGAUGAUCAACACUGGGAAUUUUUCAUUAUUCGAGUGGGAAGCGAUUCCAUGGGGUCUUGAAAUUGUCUUGGAGUAUCUAAAGCAGAGCUAUAACAACCCUCCAAUCUACAUUCUUGAAAACGGUAAACCGAUGAAACACGAUUCGAUGCUAGAAGACACGUCAAGAGUUGAAUACAUGCAAGGUUACAUUGGUGCUAUGCUCAACGCCAUCAAGAAUGGAUCGGAUACGAGAGGUUACUUUGUAUGGUCCAUGAUUGAUGUAUACGAGUUAUUGAGUGGAUACACAUACCCUUUUGGAAUGUACUAUGUGAAUUUCAGUGAUCUUAAUCUUAAGAGGUCGCCAAAGCUCUCUGCUUCUUGGUACUCUGGUUUUCUCAAUGGUACAAUUGAUGUUACUUCUCAAGAUAUUACUCAGUUGCAGAGCAACUUCUCUGGUUCUUCUUCUAUGUAA